AUGAUCGCGAAUGCCGCUGCGCCGCCGUCGCCGCCCACGGCGGCAACCGCAUGGGGAGUCGGGAACCGCCCGUACGCGCGGAGAGGCGACUACCUCAGGUUCGUGGCCCUCCCUCACACAUGCUUUGGGGACCUCUACAUCUCCUUCCCGAGGCCGGGAGUUGGCUGGCGGUUGUACAACUGGAUUGAUGCGCUCCCAAAUCUCUCCAACCUCACCGUCCUCACCGUAUGCAGCAAUGCUCUCCGGAUUGUGUCUAUCCUGCAUUCCAGGGAAAGUCUCCAGCCCAAGUUGGCUAACUUGAGCAACCUGCAGAAUUUGAGAGAGCUGCAGCUGCUCAUGUAUGCAAUGGGGACCGUCAUGCUCUCCGACAUUUAUGGAUUCCUCAGGAUCUGCCGCUGUUCUCAGCUGAGGAAGCUCUUUGUUGAGCUCCCAAAAUUCAGAAUGGAUUCCUUCAUGGAUGCUGUCAGUGACUUGGCCGAAGAGCCCAUGGAGGGGUUCGAAAACCUUGUGACGGCAAAGAUAACCAACUUCAAGUGGCAGUGCAAUGAGAUUGAGCUGGUGCACUUUUUAUUCAGGAAGGACAGCUCUCUCCAGAAGCUGAUACUAGUUGCUCCCCCGGGGACACAUCCAGAAAUGGAUCAGUCAGGUAAUCCCUUUUUCCGAGACACAAAGCUGCUGCGUAUGGAAAAAGCUCCGUCAAAUGCCCAGGUAACAAUGCUCCGUGCGCAUCUUGGUGCUAAAAUCCAAGCAUUUCAUCGAGAUGUCAAUCUUCUGGCUCUGUGUCUUGAGAUACUGACUAGUUGGAGUGUUGGACAUAUACUGGGUCUGCAUUAUGUAAUUUCCUCCCUUGGUUGUACUGCAGCAAAGCUAUCCAUUGCAUAUAAAUAA